GUGUGCACACUAGGGACAAUUCAGAACACGGGUGGUCUGUGCACACAGCAGGGACAGAUCAAAAUACGGGUGGUCGGUGCACACAGCAAGGACAGUUCAAAACACGGGUGGUCGGUGCACACAGCAGGGACGGUUCAAAACCACGGGCGGUCAGUGCGCACACCAGGGACAAUUCAGAACACGGGUGGUCUGUGCACACACCAGGGACAGUUCAGGACACGGGUAGUCGGUGCGCACAGCAGGGACAGUUCAAACACGGGUGGUCGGUGCGCACAGCAGGGGCAGUUUAGGACAUGGGUAGUCUGUGCGCACACCACGGGGCAAUUCAUGGCUUCUAGGGACACUCAUGGUAGGCGACUUGCAGACGCUCGGCAGCAG